AUGGGCUUCCUUGCCGGCACCUGCUUUGGCGGCACCCGUAACUUGCAGCGCGGCGACACACGCACUGCGGCGGCGUUGGAUGCCCCCUACGAUCCGCACUUUAUGCAGGCAAAAGGCCGGCCAAAGGGGGCCCUAGGACUUGACAAGAGUGCGGCCGUCAGGACCUCGCGGCGAGACCCUAUUCUCGCUGAGCGGGUUGAAGUGUGGGAGAAGGCUGAGGCGGAAAUGUCAUGUGACUUGCCUAUUCGGGAAAGUCAGAUUCCCGAUCGGGAAGGUCAGCCUCACGCUCGACCAAUCAAAUCAACCGACCCCGCCCCGGCUACCGACACUACGGCAGCGGCUGCUGCAGUGGAAGCCGCGAUUUUGCGUGCCGCGUCGCAACCUCAAUCAAACCCUCUACCUUCCAGCCCCCCUGCUGCAAUCAAUAUAUCCAAAGAGUCAACUACAACACUAGGACUGAAAAGGCUGGAAGCAGGCGAUUCAUAUGAGCCCGGCACCGAAUUGCACAGGUCAUAUAUACGUGCGUUCCAGCGCUUGGAAGAUGCCUCUGACGAUGAAGGCAGCGACGCAGCCAGCGGCGCCGGCGACGCUGUAGCCGCUCAACCACCAAAGAAAAUACCGUCUCUGACUGAGAAAAAUAUCACUGAUGCCUUCACUCAAUUCUCAAGGUGGUCAAAUACAGAUGCACUAGGUGAAUCAUUUUAUCCCGGCUUCGAGGAACGUAUGUACAGGCUAGCACAAGAGAUUGAGGCGGGAGGUCAUGAUGAUAUAUUUGACGAUAACAUCAGUGACUUCAGUGACGUCACUGACGAUUUGGAACUUCCCGAUAGUGGUCCCUCUAUUGAGGUAUUAGGUGGUUAG